AUGAGUAACGACGGAGAAAGGGGAAAAUAUAAGUCACCGGAUGGCUCUAAAAUGUGGGAAUAUUUGGCAGUUUUUCUUUGUAAGGAUUCCUUGAAAAUUGUGUUUCUAAAUAUUUUAGGUAAUCUGUUGACUUUGUGCGUUGGUAUAGUGUUAGGAUGGAAUGCACCAGGCGUUGUAUUGUUAAUAUCACCGGAUUCACCAAUUCCUUUUACUAGCUCAGAUAUCUCAACUUUAACGGCUGUUAUGUCAGUUGGUAAUAUGUUAGCGCCAUUAAUCAGUAUGUUUAUACUUGAUACAAUUGGAAGAAAAUAUACUUUAUUAUUAAGUGGUCUACCACUCAUCGUUGGUUGGAGUAUGAUCAUGAUGGCAAAAAGCGUAUUGGUAAGUUUGACAUUUUUAUUUAUUAUAAAGUUAAAUUGUAACAUUUACGAUUUAUUUACACAUCACUUUGAAGUGAUGAAUGUGGCUAGGUUUCUUUCUGGGAUUAGUCUUGGAUUGGGCUUAAUGUCAUCUGCAUUAUACUGUGGUGAAAUAUCUUCAGUAAAGACGCGAGGUGCUAGCGUAUCAAUUUUGGGUAUAAUGUUCACGAUUGGUAUCUUAAUGUCUUAUAUAUUAGUGCCAUAUCUGUCGAUGAUAAAAGCAGCUGGUAUAUUCCUAUUCUUGUCGGUUUGUUUCGUUGUUCUAUUUUCAUUUAUGCCAGAAUCGCCGUAUUAUUUGGCGAUGAAAGGAAGAAACGAGGAAGCUGAACAGGUAUUAGAAAAAUUACUGGGUAAGACUGAUGUAUCUGAAGAAUUAGCAAUGGUUUUGGAAUCCUUAGUGACACAGGAAAAUACAAAAUCAACAAAAUCAACUACUUGGACCAUAUUGAAAGAUAUAUUAAUGGUUAAAGGACAUCGACGAGCUUUAUUUAUCAUUUUUCUCAUUCUCAUAAUUAUGCAAUGCGGUGGUUUUGUUACGAUGCUCAUGUACGGACAGCUGAUCUUCCACGAAACAACAAGUACAAUUUCUGAUUACACAGUGAACGUAGUUGUUGGUAUUGCACUAGUGUUAUCUUCCAUCCUAACAAUUUUAUUAGUUGACAAAUUAGGUCGUAAACCAUUUAUCUUUGUAUCCGGUAUCAUGGUUGGCUUUUGCACUCUAACUAUGGCCGUUUAUUUUUACGCAAAAGAUUAUCUCAUCACGGAUAUGUCAUCAAACAUUUUGGUAUCAUUCGUUGCACCCAUUUUAUUGGUAUUCUUUGGUAACGCUGGUUUUUCUAAUAUAGUGUUUAUCUUGAAUUCCGAGAUAUUUGCUAUAGAAGUCAAAGCGAUUGCUUCUUGUAUAUGCGGAAUUUUUAAUGGUUUAAUAUCGACCAUCGUUAGCAAACUUUAUAUUCAUAUUGCGAUAACUUUAAAUUAUGGUCAUGCUUAUCCUUUUUUUGUAUUUUGUAUCGUCACCUGGUUUACUACAGCUUUGUUGCUUAGAUUAUUACCGGAAACCAAAGGCAAGUCUUUUAAAGAAAUUCAAAAAGAAUUUCAAAGUUGAAAGUACAAUCUCAAUUUUUGUGUUACAAUCAUUCGUUAAAACUCUUGUUAACACGAUAAUUAAACGAUGAGUUUUUGAAACACGUUCAUGAUCCUGUCCAUGUUACCAUGACGUGGUAAGUUUCGAAAUCGUGAUUCAUAAAUCGAAAAUCCUAUUUAAUCUUUUUGUAAACGUCUCCAGUUUUAUGUGAUAUUUAAAGAUUUCGCAAGGAACAAUCUUCUAUGUAAUUACAUUUGUUUAUAUUGUAAG